UGCUGAAGUUUUACUUUUCGAUGUUUCAUUAUAAUUCUAUUAAAAAUGAACGGAUAGCUAUGUCUUGACAGUAUUAAUUUGAAAGGUGUCUAGCUGUUUGUGAAAAAUAAGGACAAACGGUAUCAAACAAAAGCUAUUCCUAGCUUUUGAAACAACACGGGCUCUUUAAGCUCGUGAAUUUUAUGGCUGUGAUAAACAACUAUGGCAGCCAUUGAGAUAGUGACGCUCUCUGAAGAAGAUACAGAAAAGCUAAAGCAGGUUUACCCAAACCCGUUUGUCAAAUUGGGGCUGAGGUUCAUUCGAGUGAAGCCGAGCAAUUGUGUGCUCCCUUCUGCUUAUGAGAAGUACAAAAACCAAUUCAAGAACUGGGAUGUGCGGAAAGACGAUGUCUACGUGUUAACGUUUGCAAAAAACGGCACAACUUGGACACAGGAGCUCGUUUGGUGCCUUCAGAACAACUGUGACAUUGAAAAGGCAACAGGUAGUCUCUUACAUGAACGUGUGCCAUUUUUAGACAUGGCGGUUCUUUCUGACCAUGUGAAGCAUUUGGCACCAGUCAAGACGGUAGAUCCUUUAAUUCUGGCCGAAAACAUGGAUUCACCAAGGGUUUUAAAAUCCCACCUCCCAUUUUGCCAUUUUCCAGAUGACAUGCUUGACAAAUGCAAGGUUGUCACAUGCUUGCGAAAUCCAAAGGAUACUGUUGUUUCCUUUUACUUCCACGAAAAAUUGAUAAAACUUCAUGACUACGAUGGAAGUUUUGAAACAUACUUUGAUCUCUUCAUGGAAGACCUCAUACUUUACACACCGUAUUUCGAGUUUGUGGCUGAAGCAUGGAGGAGAAGAGAUCACCCGAAUCUUUGUAUCUUGUUUUUCGAAGAUAUGAAAGAGGAUUUGGCCAGCUGUGUCAGAAAGGUGGCUAAGUUUCUCGGGAAAGACGUCACAGAGCAACAAGUUCAGAUUCUAGUUGACCAUUUGAGCUUCAAAAAGAUGAGAAGAAAUAGGUCUGUGAACCUGGAAAGAUUUCAGGAUGGGAAGAUCUUGGAUAAAGAAGGGAGCUUUCUUCGGAAGGGAGAAGUAGGGGAUUGGAAAAAUUAUUUCACUGAUGCGAUGAACAAGCGAAUGGAAGAGGCAACUGACAAAUAUCUAAAGCCGAUUGGACUUGAGUUCAGAUACGAGUAGUCAAAUUUGUCAGGAUAAACUUAUACAAAUAUCAUUAACACUGGAUUCUUUUGUUUUAUGUUUUGUUGUUCUUUGUCUGCGACAGCAUGGGAAGCCACAAUGGAUUGCCUGCCUUUUCAAUUUUGUCAAUUGAGAGAAAACGGUUUACAAUGCUGUUAUCCCAAGGGACCUUGCCAUGCACCAUGCCAUGCACCAUGCCAUGCACCAUGCCAUGCACCAUGCCAUGCACCAUGCCAUGCACCAUGCCAUGCACCAUGCCAUGCACCAUGCCAUGCACCUUGCCAUGUCAGGCAACCGCAGCAUAGGUUCCAAAUCUUUGAUUGGCUGAGCGACCUAAAAUUCUGCAUACCCCAUUAGCCAAUCAGAAUUCAAGAAAAUGACAACAAACGUACCUCGCAGCUAAAUUUAGGCCUAUUCCGGACGUUUUUACCACUACCCACAAAAAUAAUAGUGUAAAAUGUGCUGACAUAAAUUUUCUUUAAAAAAUUGAGUCUUUGAUGAAUUUACGAAGAAACUGCCGUUGUACUCAGCAAAAAGUUUUCCGCCAUCGUUAGUUACAAAGGCUUGAAACUGUCUCUUUCAAAUCCUUAUAAUCAUUAGGUUGGAGGGAGAACAGAGAAAUGACAGUUUUUUAACCUUAAAGUUGUUUUAUCAACGUAAUUAACAAAUAUGAACUUACCUUCACAAGCCAAUGUUAAAAUCUUUUCUUGUCGGCAUUGAUGUUUGUGUUAACGACGAAAUAAAUCGCUAAAUUCCACUGAGAGAAAAUGCAGUCCACCUUUCUCUUAAUUGUACAAUUUCCUUUGCGCUCAGGUACUUUGAAUAUUCAUUUUAAAGACUUGGAGACUGAUGAGAAGCUCACAUCCACUGAUGUUCACUGCUACGGCCUUGUAAAAGCUGACGCAAUUCGUCAAGGAUGAAAAGGGCGGGAAAAUGAAAUAUGCAUCAUUCUUGAAAAAUUCCUUUGCUGCAACUAACGCUUUUAAAGAUCCGAUAAAAACGAAGCGUGUCGAGCAGGACGGACAAAUCCCGACAUCGAUGGCUGGGCCUACAAACAUGAAGUUCUUCCUAGAUAAAUUUCAUUCUUUUUUAAUCUAAGGCCCAUGGGAGAGGGGCAUUUGCGAAAUAUUUGUACAGGAGUGUCAGAUCACACGUUUGACAGGCUGAUCAAUCAAUAAACCAAAUUUUUUCCAAAUUGAAAACAUCCACAGACUUGCAAUGCUAGAGUACAAUAUGAAUACAAACAUAUUUGAAAAGGCCUUUGAAAGAAGCAAAAAUGUUUUAUUGUUCAAAGGUCUCCCUUUUCCCAUAUGCUCUUUUAAAGCGUUUAUAAAGUGUUCGCUAAAGUCAUUUUCAAAUUUGGUACCGACAAAAAAGUGUCACAAAAACAUCUUUACGACAGGGUGAACAAACUGUCCAUUCCAAGACAGAUUUCUCAAGAGAAUAACCCAAUUGCUGUUUUUUGGUUAUAAAAAUAUAAAUUGCUUGCAGAUUUUUACUGAGACAUUGGGACCUAUUCACAGUCUCUUUAAAAUCUAGCCAUAUUUGUCGCACAUUAUGGCCCAAUAUUAGAGUGCCCACGGAGCCCUCACUUCAAUCACAGCCUGCAGAAAUUAAAUAAACGAAAAGUUAACGUGCAGUUAGAAUGUGUGGAAAUUUUCAAAUGGCAAGAGCUACACAUGUUUUGCAAAGGGUCCUGUUUGUAAAUUUCCCAGUUCGUAAUUUCGUCGUUAAAGAAAAAAAGAUAGCUGUUGCAAGGGAAACCUAAAUUACUUGUUACAAUAUUAGAUACAAAAAUGUUACUUUUAACCGUAACCAAUUACAAUAUUUUCAUAAAGCGCGUUGGUAUUUAAUGCUUAUUUUUGUUUACUCAGCUUGCAGAACUGACUACCUAAUUUUCUGGCAAAUUUUGCUUAUUUGAUGCUUCUGGGUAUGUUGCUACAAAACGUCUCCAAUGAGCCCUACUAAAUUUUACAGUCUUUGUUAUUCAUACUGUAUAGAUUAUUCCCUCCUGUCACGUGAUUAACUUAUUGCCGCCAUGAUGGAUCACAACCUAGUCUUAUUUACCCAAUAAGGAUUUGAAACAGACAGUUAUCUUCGCCGAUUUCGAAAUAGUAUUCAUCUAGAAUCGCUGGCAUGUGUAUUUAGCCAACUUGUUUGAUUUAGUAAAGCAUGAUAAAAUUCGAUUUCGACUUAAGAAAAGCUCCGUUUUUAUCUCAAAAGAUAGCUAAAUAAGAAUUCAAUAAAGUCAAAAUAAAUGG